UUCCGGUUUGUGUGUUUCUCAGUGAUGUGUCUCUGUGAACCGAGUCGGUAAAAACAAACUGUGACGUGGCUAAUCCUGGUGGACAAAAAGAGGGAGAAAACUUCAAACUUUAACUGUUUACAGGAAAAAUUAAAGUUUAUUAAGGUGUAGAAACAGUGAAGCUUCCUGAAGAAAUCGAGGAUAAACAUCCGCUUUAGUUGUUUUUUAGAGAAUUAAGUGUUUCCAGGCUGGAGGGACGUUAACUGCUAAGGUUAGCAUCAGGACUUUGACAGGAGAAAGGUGAGUUUGGAGGAGAUAAUACUCAUAUUUACUCUUAUUUUUAGUCCUUUUUCUAACUAUUAAUGAAAGACCUACCAUACCUCAUUAGCUGUUUUAUCUAACAAGUCAGUUAGUGUGACCGCUUAGAGGUGGAAAGCAUGAAUAAUGACAGUUUUAUAGGAUUAAUUACAAUAUAAUUCACUAAUCUGACUAUAAUGUCUCUUUAGUGUAUGUCAUGUUUGUAAUUCCUGUCUCCUCUGUGUAUUAACAUAAUACUGUAUCUUUAAGUGUACACUGUGCUCUGUUUGCUCAUGUCAUGUGUCCUCUCAUGUCGACUGUAUGUUCUAUACAUGUUUCUUUGUGUUCAGACUGUAGAAAACUCUGAAAACUGGACUUUAAACUUUAUGUACGAGCAGAAACAUGAAGCAGAUAGAUAACCAACAGCUGCUGAGUUAACAGCUGUUCCCUGGAUGAAUUUCCCACUUUCAGACUUUAAAAUGUGCCCUUGGGUUAAUAUUUAGAGAAGCAUGACCAAUAUAGGUGUACAGAUUGGAAUCUACAGUCAGGUCCAUAAAUAUUGGGACUCAUCUUUCUGUCUGUAAACAACAACAUGAUGGAUUUGAACUGAAACAAACAUGAUGUGCUUUGAUUGCAGAUAUUCAGCUUUCAUUUAAGGGUAUUUACAUCCAAAUCAGGUGAACGGUACAGGAAUUACAACAGUUUCUAUAUGUACCUCCUACGUUUUAAGGGACCAAAAGUAAUGAAUUCUGGAACACAUAGAGAUCACCAGACGCUGAGUUUCACUCCAAGUGAUGCUCUGCCAGGCCUCUACUGCAACUGUCUUCAGUUCCUGCUUGUUCUUGGUGAAUUUUCUCUUCGGUUUUAUCUUCAGCAAGUGAAACGCACACUCAAAUGGAUUCAGGUCAGGUGAUUGACUCGGCCAUUACAUAAACUUCCACUUCUUUGCCUUUUCAGUAUGCUUGGGGUCAUUGUCCAUCUGCACUAUGAAGCGUAGUCCAAUCAGUUUUGAAGCAUUUGGCUGAAUAUGAGCAGAUAGUUUUGCUCAAAACACUUAAGAGUUCAUCCUGGUGUUUUAGUCAGCGAUCACAUUAUCAAUAAAUACAAGAGAACCAGUUCCAAUGGCAGCCAUAUAUGACCAUCCAUGACACGACCACCAGCAUGAACAGUUACUGUCCUCCUCCAUCCUCUUCUCUUCCCAUCACUCUGGUACAAGUUGAUCUCUGUCUCGUCUGUCCAUAAGAUGUUGUUCCAGAACUGUAAAGACUUUUUUAGAUGUUGUUUAUCAAACUCUAAUCUGGUCUUCCUGAUUUUGAGGCUCACCAACGGUUCACAUCUUGUGGUGAUUCCUCUGUAUUCACUCUGGUGAGGUCUUCUUUUGGAUGUUGAUUUUGACACACAGACUUACCUCCUGGAGAGUGUUCCUGAUCCGUCCAGCUGUUGUUAAGAGUGGGAGGCACAUAUAAAACUGUUGUAAUUCCUGUACCGAUCACCUAAUUUGUAUGUAAAUACCCUUAAAUUAACCUUUCUGCAUCAAUUUUGCUGCAGCCUGACAAUAUUCAUGGUUUGUUUAUCGUUGCUGUUUGUUCCCGGGACUCUGAUCUGUCUCACAGAUUUACCUUUUGUUUCCGUUCCCUCUGAAGGCAUGCUCUAGGACGUGAAGAUGUCGGACAGUGAAGCUACAGCAGCAGCAGCAGCAGCAGAGAGUCCAGAGGCGACGCCAGGGAGUGAAGAUGUCUCUCCUGCAGAAACGCCCGACAGCUCCUCGCCGACGCCACCUGACACCUUGACCGAUGUCGCCCCUACGAGGAGAGCCAGGAGGAGACCGGAGCCCAAACCGGCAGAGGAGGUUAAAGAGGCGCCGAAAGUAGAGGAGCAGCCCGCAAAGGUAGUGAUGAUGAGAGGAAGAGGAACUCUGGUACCAACCUGGGAUCUGAGUUCUUCAUAUUUAGGUCUUAAAGGUGCAGUCUGUAGAGGGCAUGAAAGCAGCCUGUGAUUCAUGAGUGUGGAUCCUGGAGUCUCAUGUCUUUCUCUUCUAAUGUUGAUAAAAUCACAGAUUUAGUUUUGUCCUCCUCUUCCUCCUCCUCCUCCUCCUUCUGUCCUCCUUCUUUCAGACACCCAGUGAGACCACCGUGGCUCAGGGUGGUUGGGGUUACUGGGGCAGCUGGGGGAAAUCCAUUAUAUCCUCGGCAACAGCCACUGUGGCCACCGUGGGUGAGUUCACCAUCAGCAGACUCAACCUGUCUGACAUAUUCACAGCUGUGCGGUGUUACUCAGAGUUUCAGAUUUCAGUGAGCUCUUGAUAUCCUUGUUUUAUCUGUGUUUUUAUACCUGUCCAUCCAGGUCAGGGUCUCACUCAGGUGAUCGAGAAGGCGGAGACGUCCCUGGGGAUCCCGAGUCCGACUGAACUCUCAGCGCGAGUCGAAGAAGAGGAGAAACAGGAAGGUGAGGCUGCAGCGUGUGUUGUGUAGUUUUGUAGUUUUAUCAGCACAUGUUUUUGGUGAACCUUUUCUAACGAUACGUGGCGUGUUUGUCCCUGCAGGUGAAACCAGAACUGAGACGGACAGAGCCACAGGAGAGGGAUCAGCAGCGAUGGAGAGCGCCAUGGGAAUGUUGUCGUCUCUCACCAGCGUCGUCCAGAACACGGUAAGGAGACGGAAGUCGUGACAGUCGGCCUCGAAACUAAAAACACAAAUAUGUGAGAAUAAGUGUUAUCUUUGUGGAUGUGACUCUGACUGAAACUCUUCUUCAUCCUCACAGGGGAAAACGGUGAUCACAGGCGGUCUGGACGCUCUGGAGUUCAUCGGAAAGAAAACGAUGGACGUGAUCGCAGAAGGUGAUCCCGGCUUUAAGAAGACGAAGGGGCUGAUGAACAGGAACGCCACUUUGUCUCAGGUGAGCAGAGAAGAUCCAGGUGCUUCAUUAACAUGUAUGUUUUAUAACGGGUGUAAAAUAUUACUAACCUUCAUCAUCUUUAACAUUUCCAAGAGCGCCAGAUAGAAACGUUACUGAUUAAAACUCUGGAAACUGAAAUUUUAGGACCUUCUUGACAAACUUUAGAGGGUUAAACUUUUAUUUCUCCUCUCUUUUGUCUCCUUAGUUUUACAAAUAAUUCAUCAAACCAUUUUUUUAUGAGGUUUAACUCUUAAAAAGAAUCGAGAAAACUUCCAAAUUUUCCUCACUUUGCAGUAAAAAAACACCCAGUAAAUUUAAUAAAGCACUUUUUGAUAUUUGUCGCUCGAUCACCUCACAGCUCUGUAGUUUUUAAACUUUUAAAAGAUUGCAAUCAGUGUUUUUCCAAACAGGAGAUUUAUGUCUCAUUUACAAUUACAAUCCUCUGAGAAACAACCUCCAUUUUGACUCUAACAAACCAGUUUUUAUGAGAUUUAUCUCUAAACUUCUGCACCAGGCUGAUUCAACUUCAUUAAAGGGAGAAACUCCGUCUUCUUUUUCAUCCCUUCAUCACCUAAAUUGAAGAGGUUGAGCCAUCGCUGCACCUGGAUAAUCAGAGUCCAUUUCUCUUCACAAAAACAAAUCUCAGAAGUGUCCAUUAGCUUUGUAUUAUAACGUUUUUAAGAGUCUCUAACUGUUCUCUGCUGCCGACGACAUGAUGUCCGACAGCUCACCGGAGUUCCUCUCCCUCUUCUUCGUCGUCUCGCUCUGUCUGCAGGUGUUGAGGGAGGCGAAGGAGCGAGAGGAGCUGCAGACGGCGGAGACGGAGGGCUCCGACUCCGAGAAGAAGGCGGUGGCUCACUACGGGAUGCUGUUCGACGAGUUCCAGGGUCUGUCGCACCUCGAGGCUCUGGAGAUUCUGUCCCGGGAGAGCGAGUCGAAGGUAGGAGGAGAGUUUGACAUCGACUGCAGCUAAAAAGACACGAUCGCAGUUUAUAAGGAUCUGAUAGAUGUGAGUUUUCUGUAGGUCAAAUCGGUGCUGACCACUCUAUCAGGAGACGAGCUGGUUCAGCUGAGAGAAGAGCUGGAGCUCAUCAAGGACUCUUUCUCUCUCUUCCUGGAGUUUGAUGACGAGGAGGUGGACGAGAGGAAAGGUGAGAUCAAUACUGCCAGAGAAAAACGACAAAAAUCGAUCAGAAAAUAAUCCGAGUUUGUUUGUGUUUGAAGAUGAAGACGGGACAGAGUUUGAGACGGAGUUAACGGAGGCGCUGGAGGGUCUGAGUGUCAACGCCACAGCUGACAAACUCAACAAGGUACCACUCAACCGUCCACGACUCAGGGGUUUCACUUCCACUGUCAUUUGUGCUUCAACUCGAAGUUUUGAGGCAGCUUGAUGUUGAGUGUUUGUGUGAUGUCUGCCCGUCAUGAAACAGGCCUGUAAGAGCGCCUGCAGCCAGAUCACCGAGAUGUCCAAACCAGCGAAGGAAGAAGGAGAGGAGGAGAGUGAAGAGGACGCUCAGAAAGCUCUGUCUGUGGAGGUAUGAUGAUGAAGAUGGAGGCGGGCUGCAGGGGAACGUCAUGCAGGUUCAAUAAUCCCUCAUUUUGAUCUACACCAUCUAACAUCACAUGCACGUGUGUUUGUGAUCCCUGUCAGGAGGUUCACGCUGCGGCCAUCAGGACUCUGGCUGAACUCACGGCGCGCUCCAUCGAACUUUUCCACAAACUGGCUGAGAUGAUCCUCUUCUCCAACGGCAGCCCGGAGGCCGGCGCUCUGUCACAGUAAGACCGGACGGGUUAUCUUCGUCUUCCUCUACAGCGGACAAAAACUCCUCCUCAUCUCAGUCCUUCUGUUUCAGGUUAACCGUCGUCCUCUGUAAGGAGAUCUCACUGCUGUCCAAGAAGUUCACCUCCUGCUUGACCACGACGGGGGUGAGUUUGAGGAGUCGGCACAAACUGUUUAGAUCGACGCUGCUGAAGAUUGAUCUCCUGACAGACGACGGUUUUAUAAUUUUUAUAAACGUUCUGUCUUACAGUCAAAUGAAAAGGGAGACGUCCUCAACCCGCUGAUAACAGGAGUCUUUCUGGAGGUGAGAGAUACACACGCAUGCACACACACACACACACACACACACACAAAGAAAAUUGAUCAAAUAAUGUGUGUUUCAUUCGUCGACCUUAGUAUUUUUAUUUGAAAUCAAUUUUAGGUUUUUUGGUCACAUGACAUGGAAGUUAUUGAAGAAAAUGUUCAAAAUUUGCUUUUAAAUUUAACACAAAAAAUUUUUAGAGGACAAAUUAGGGAAAAAAAGAGAAUGUUUGUCUUAUUGGUCGACCUUAGUAUUUUUAUUUAAAAUCAAUUUUAGGUCUUUUGGUCACAUGACAGUGAAGCUAUUGAAGGAAAACAGCCUUUUCUGAGAACAUCAACCGAUAAUUUAUUGACGGUCCCUUAUUUAACACCGACGUUGACAGUGAGGGUGUUGAGUAGAUUUAACCGCACUGCUGUUGUUAUUCCCGGUUAUGGAGAGUGAGAAGACACCGGUAGAUCCUCAGAGAAUGUCCGUCAGAUAUCCAACCUAAAACUAACUUCACCGCCGUAUUUACAGGAAAAUAUAUCCAACCUUAAACUAACUUCACCACCAUAUUUACAGGAAAAUAUAUCCAACCUGAAACUAACUUCACCGCCGUAUUUAUAGGAAAAUAUAUCCAACCUGAAACUAACUUCACCGCCGUAUUCACAGGAAAAAAAAAAAAAACAUUUGUUGCCUCUGCUAAUUUGUUUCCCCUAAAUACAUUUUACAAUUCGCAAACAUCUAUUUUUUGCCGUAAAUGUGAGUGAAACGGUCGCACUGUCGAGUCCUGAUCCAAAUCUCGCUCCUCUGUCUUUACAGGAAAAUAUAUCCAACCUGAAACUAACUUCACCGCCGUAUUUACAGGAAAAUAUAUCCAACCUAAAACUAACUUCACCGCCGUAUUUACAGGAAAAUAUAUCCAACCUAAAACUAACUUCACUGCCGUAUUUACAGGAAAAUAUAUCCAAUCUAAAACUAACUUCACCGCCGUAUUUACAGGAAAAUAUAUCCAACCUAAAACUAACUUCACCGCGGUAUUUACAGGAAAAUAUAUCCAACCUGAAACUAACUUCACCGCCGUAUUUACAGGAAAAUAUAUCCAACCUAAAACUAACUUCACCGCGGUAUUUACAGGAAAAUAUAUCCAACCUAAAACUAACUUCACCGCGGUAUUUACAGGAAAAUAUAUCCAACCUAAAACUAACUUCACCGCCGUAUUUACAGGAAAAUAUAUCCAACCUAAAACUAACUUCACUGCCGUAUUUACAGGAAAAUAUAUCCAACCUAAAACUAACUUCACCGCUGUAUUUACAGGAAAAUAUAUCCAACCUAAAACUAACUUCACCGCUGUAUUUACAGGAAAAAAAACAUUUGUUGCCUCGGCUAAUUUGUGACCCUAAAUACAUUUUACAAUUCGCAAACAUCUAUUUUUUGCUGUAAAUGCGAAUGAAACGGUCGAACUGUUGAGUCCUGAUCUGAAUCUUGCUCCUCUGUCUUUACAGGCGUCCAACAGCGCCUCCUACAUCCAGGAUGCUUUCCAGCUGCUGAUGCCCAUCCUGGAGAUCUCCCACAUCCAGAGGAGAUCUGAGUCCUCAGAGCAGUAACCAGCUGAUUCCUCCUCCAAAACGCCAAAACGCUGAGACUCUGUGAAAGCGCAGGACCGACACAGAGUUCAUCCUUUUGUAAAAACCGCCUGAGUCAGCUCUCAGCUCUCAGGCCUGGAGAGUGAAAGUCUGCUUUUGUGAAACAGUGUUAACUUUUGUGUAAACGGAGUUGUUUCUGUAUCGUGAUGAGAAGUUUUUGGAUCUGCCAUUAAAGGGAAACACUACAUUUCUCUGACAGCAGGUCGUGUCGAUAACGCCCCAGAGGACACUUAGAAAAGAACAGACAGGAUAGUGAUUUAUAUCUUUUAAUAAAUAAGACGCUCUGUAAUCGUCGUGUAUUUUUCUCAUGCAAAGACAAAGAAUUCUGGGAAACUUGUUCUCUAUGCAUAUCUUUCUAAGUCAGUGUUUUGUGACAGUCGGCUGCUUUUGUAUCAUCACUCUGGGGUUCUGACCACUAAUGAGCAGACAGACGUAUGGGACUAAGACGUGAAUUUAGCAGCAUCUGUAGAGACAAAGACGUUUUUACAGCGAGCAGACGAGAGUCUUGAAUCAUUUCAGGUUUAUGCAGUUGAGCUCUGGACAAUCUGCUCUACCAUUUCUUCAAAGUUUUGGACCUCUUGUUCCUGUUGGUAACUACUAUCUUCUUUCCCAAACCCUUAAACUGACAAAGAGAGAAAAAGAAGAUGUAGUUUGGAUUUUUGAGACUCGAAUUUAAGAGUUUUGAAAGGUUUUCAUCACUUUCUCAGUAAAAUUUAGCAGCCAAAACAUUCUUAUUCUAAAUUUAACAACAUUUUGACGGAUUUCUGACUGGAGAAGGUCGCCGUACAGAUUUAAAUGUCAUAAAUGUGAAACUUAAAAACCAGAGUUUUCAUGCUUCUUAGGCUUGCAGAGUUUUUUAUGUACAGCAGCAGCAGACAGUGGAGUUUGUUGGGAUAUGAAGUCACAUUUUGAAGCAAUAUACUGUCCUGUUUAUCAGAUGUUUAUGAUGGAUUUUAAAUAAAUAUGCUUUUAAACAGA